CUUUGAUCUGGACCAACAAGCACGUCUUUUUUUUCUUUGUUCUUCACACAUCUUUGGCAUCACUCUUCAUUAAUCCUUUCUCCUAUUGUUUGGCGAUUAUUGUCACCCUCGCGUCUUCACAUAUCUCAGUUUUCAUCCUACAAUCCCGAACAUUGUGUUUCAGAUCUCUACUUCGACUUCCCGAUCAUGACUAUCGCUACCAUUAGCUAGAAUUGUAUAUCUCACCCAGAGAGAGCUGCACAACAUCCACACACCCAAGUAACAUCGGUCAGCUGUUCCAUCACUUAGUCGCCAACAGCAGAAUUGUGUACGCCAUGGCUUCACCGGCUAUUCAGCCUGUCAGACCUUCUGGUUCGAUCGACCUACGACGUCCCGGCGAGUAUCCCAUCGUGCUGGGCGACAGCUUGAAGGAUGAGAACUCGAAAGCGUACCUACUCAAUGUUCGUUACAAUUGGCAGCCACAGUCCGGAUUCAAAUCCGGUCAGGGCAAACUUACAGAAUCUGGCGGCAGAUAUCAGCUAGCAGUACAGGAUGAUAAUGACGGCGGAGAUUACAAUUACACCGGCAGCCUGAACGCCUCCAAGUCUGGAAAGGAUGGCGAAAAAUCUACUGCGUUAGCCCUGGUGUUCGACAAGUCCAGAUCCGUCUUUGUUCUUGAGGCACUUUCGGCAACUCUAGAUAUGAACCUCGAGUCUGGUCCAGGCCAGCCAUCCAAAGACGCACGUGAACUACCGCCGUUACCAACCUCUGUACAAGCCUCUCAGAAUCCUAUAUAUAAAGGUAUCAGUAGCAGCAAGUCCCGAUCAGCAGACGAUGAGACACCUGAUGCUUCAAACCCGUACGACUUUAGACACUUUCUGGCCGAAGCACGCGACAACAUGGAAAAGUCCACACAACAACCGGGCAACAGGACGCCCAACCCUGGAGGAAAUCUGACCCCUAUGAGCAGUAUCUCCACACCGAUUCCUGGCUCGAGCCGCUUCAAAGCCACAACACCACAAUUUCGACCUAACCCAGCAGCCACCAAGACAUCACAGCAGAAGGGCCGUAGGGGUCCUGACACAAAGGGUGCGCGGCCAUCUGCUGCGCCCAAGACUAGCAACAAGCGAGAGCCCAUAAAGUCAUCAAACAAACCACUAAGCAAAGCCCGUGUCUCGGACUCCGACGAAGACGAUGAGCAAGCCACCAUCGAUGUUUCGAGAGCUGUGUCCAAAUCGACCACCGCAAAUACAUUGAAACCGACCGCUACACGACCCAACCAAGCACCUGGGAGGGGUCACGCACGAAACAGAUCCGCCAACAUGGGUAGCUCCCCACACAUCAUUAUCAAUGACGACGAUGGCGGCCUGGAGAUAGAUAUGGGCAGCCCGCCGCCAGAGGACCGCGCGAGACGUAACAGAGUCGACCCCGAGAUGUUCCGCAGCCACACAGGCACACCAGUCGCCGGGUUAAGUUCGAACACAAGACCGAUGUCUAGACCUGCCGAUGAGAACCGUGAGCGGACCCGAGACAAGGAUGUGUCAAUGAAAGAUAUUGAAGGUGGCACGAGCGCGUCCGAGGACGGGGAUGUCGAAGAGUUCGAGUUGGGUAGCCCACGCGACAAGAGUCUCGGUGUGCCGCAUAGCGGUGAUGUGACUAUGGCGGAGGAUGACGAGGAGACACAACCGCAAAAGGCGCCCGUGGUGGCCAACAACGACGACAUCGACGAUGAAGACUUGUUGGCUGCCGAGCUCGAGGCUGCGUUGGAAGCGGAAGAUGAUGAGGCGGCGACCCACGGCAACAACGUUGGUCUGGGUAUCGGCAUGCACACGGUGCAGGACGACGAGAGUGAGGUCAGUGAGGAGGAAUAGCGAUAUUUUCCGCAGAAUAGAUGGUAUUCAUGAACAUCUACAACAGGUCUCAGGCUGAAAUGUAGUCGACCGGCCUUAUAUCUCAACUGGCACGUGUCCGAGUCGCUAUCAA